AUGGACCCUCUGCCUAAUUUGGUGACCAACCCACAGCCGUCCGUCUCCGAGACUGAGGCUGAGAGCAAUUCGGGGGCAGCCAAUACUCCAGCGACAGAGUCACCAAAUUUGCCCUCUGAAGCAAACCCACUCGCCUCGUCCGAAUCAACUUCUCCAACCUCACAGCCUGCCCCAACCCAGCCCUCGGAAGAGAUCGAACAUGCAUACUGGGCCGAAUAUGAGGAGGAUACAACUACUCCAGAUGAGGAGGAGAUGAAGGAAAUCAAUGGGGGUGACUCCGACUACAGUGCUGGCGAUCACGGAUACUGGGAAAACAACUUUUUCAGAGAACUCGGAGACCCCGAGUAUGUUCCUGCCGAAAAGGCUCGACUGACAUGGACAUUCAAGGGUGUUCGAGGUACUCCCGAAAAUCCUAAUCGCGCCAAAACCAUUCGUUCCCCCGCAGCCUUUGUUGGCGGAUAUUGGUGGCGAAUCAAGUUUUACCCUCGGGGAAACAACGUAAAUGCCUUGAGCGUUUACCUCGAGUGCUCCGCCACGAUGCCUGCUCCGGAUGCAACGCUCCCAGAGACCGAAUUCACCGUCCGAAAAGGCGCACCCGAUGCCUCGCUCGAUGACAGCACCCCUGAAGUCCACUUGAAAUCGGCGGCUACCGGUGAUACGGCGGCCUGGCUCGAAGACUAUAAAUCCCAGUAUUUAGCUUCUGGGAACGCCGCCCAAACCAGCCAUGACGAAUCCUCGGGCCCUUGGCGAGUACCAGCCCAAGUUGGCGUCAUUGUAUACAACCCGCAGGAGCCCCGGACAGGAUGGAUGCAAUCAUCUUGUCAUCAAUUCAAUCCCCAUAACCUAGACUGGGGAUGGACUUAUUUCCAUGGCCCAUGGGAUCAAAUUCACACCCGCCGUCGCGGGCAACACCGUGCCCUCCUGAACAACGAUACGCUCUCUUUCGAUGCUUAUAUUCGGGUGGUCCAUGACCCUACCAAGUCCCUUUGGUGGCAUCCAAGUGAUUCUGAGCCCACCUGGGAUAGCAUGGCCUUAACUGGCUAUCGCCCUCUGGGUGAUACAGUGAUCAACCAUAGCCCAGAGGUAGCUGGACUGGCAUCAUGGUUACACAUUGGUCCACUUAGCAAAAUCAUUCAGGGUGUCGAUGUUCUCGAACACCUUACUAAUGCCGAUGCCAGGCCUAAGCCUCUUUGCGAUGCUCUCCAAAAGCUUCUUUGGCAGCUGCGCCGCCGCAAGCUUUCUCCAAGCUACGUCGAUACUGAUGCUGUCACAACCACCCUCCGGAAUUUGCACGAGUUCUCAAACGAUGUCUCUGAAUUCUGGGAGCGCUUACGUCGCACCAUGGAACUUGAACUAGCAGGAACCGAGGCCGGCAAGGAGUUUGCUCGAUUGUUCGAUAGUCCCGUCGUGAGCAGCAUGUCAUCUGAGCCCGUGAACAUGUUGCCCACCGACUUUAAUUCCCGCCUUUACGUGCCAAUUGACAACGCAAAGUCCACUGGAGAAGCUGUUAAGGGAUACCUGAGUACCAAACCCGGUCUUUGGUCGCUCCCAUGCGUUCUCCACGUGGAGUUCGGGCGUCAUACUUUGGACAAAUCCAAGCGUUGGCAGUUAAGAUAUGACAAGGUUGACAUGGACGAGGAGCUAGAUUUGGCCCCAUGGGUGGUUGAUGGCCAAGGCAGUCAGUAUGUUCUCUAUGGUUACGUCGUCCACCGUGGCCGCCGCACCUCGGGCAAGUUCUUCAGCAUUCUUCGACCAGCUGGCCCGGGCACCACCUGGCUUGCUUUCGAUGACGGCAGUGACAAUCGUGUCGAGUGCUUGACCCAAAAAACUGCCAUGGGCCCCCAUCUUGGUCUUGAAUCUUCCCAGAGUGUGGACCACAAGAAGGGGCACGAUAUUCCCGUUGUUGCCAUGUAUGUCCGUGGCGACAUGAUCAAGGAAUUAUUGCCUGGUCCUCAAGGUCCUUGGGAGGUCUCCGAAGCCUCGCAGACGUACUACGAAACUGGCGUCUACCGGACUUGCGAGAAGCCUGCCGAACAUGUCCAGGUUGAGGCUUACUCGCUACCGGAGUAUAAUCAGUUGACGAGCCUGUUUGAUACCUACGAUCUCAUGACACAUGCCAAAGUGGCAAAUAGUGUGAUGUAUAUGACUCUACCCCGUUCUACACGGCUGGUAGACCUACGCAAGAAGAUCGCUCUAUGGAAAUCAGCAAGCUCUGAACCAAUUGGCCCUGAACGGGUCCGUUUCUGGCAGAUCGGGGAUUCCUCAGCCCCAUCUGGAUCAUCGCUGGUAUUUGACAGCACUGCCAAUCUGGACGUUCCACUCGAUGCUUCAUUGAGUACCAUCCGUUUCUGGGUGGAAACCAUCUCAGAGGAGGACGCUCAAUUCUUCGCAAUCCCAGACCCUCUUACAGUCUCUACUGCAGAUGACAAGGCCGAUGAUAGCAAUGUUGGAGAUUCAACACCUGGACCUUCUGCCAAUGUGUCGUCUGUUGCGGAAGGCGAUGCCAUUGCUAGCUCAUCAGGAACCACCCGUCGGCAAGUCGGUACCACCUCUGAACCUACAGUUUCCGAUGAACCAGCGUUGGCCACUGCCUCUCCGGAGAAUGAUGCCAUUUCGGCUGAGAGGGUGGAGCAGGAAAGAGUACUCGCCGUGGCUGCUGCUCACGAUCAAGAAGCCGCCGCUGCUGGUUCAGCCACUACUACAGUCGCAAAUACCGAUUCUUCUGCCACUUCAGUCUCCGUAACCGAACAACGUUCGACGGAAUCUGCUCGUCGGGCGCCAACAGAGCCUGAGUUCAAGUUGCCCGUGGGACAUGCAUACUACUUCAUUCAAAUGUUCGACGCCGACAAUCAGGUCCUCCGCACUGUUGGUUCGUUUUUCUCAAAACUCGAUUCGAACGUCAAAGCAUCGCUGAGGCGUCAUCUGAAGAGGGGUAUUCGUCAAGACUUCCUUAUGUGGAAGCGAGUCGAUGGAGCCAAUGUCACCACGGUCUCGCCAGCCGACACUUUUGAAGAUGUGGUGGUUCCCCACGGAGCCUGCUUCAUCGUCGGAGACAAGCUGACCAAAGAGAAGCGCUCUCAACUUGCUUCUGCGGGAUCACUCACCAGUCCUGAUCGUCUGGUUCAUUACUUGUGGGCAGUCUCUCGCAGCCAUCCCAUCCAGGGUUUCACCGGAAACAAGACAAUCGAAGCCACUUUCACAAAUGACUACUACAGUGGUGACUUUCUCAAGGGCUAUCACCACGGCAAAGGCACACAUAUCUCCAGCACUGGCAUGGUUUACAGAGGAGACUUCGUCUUCGGCCGACGUCACGGACAAGGCAAGCUUGAUUAUCCCACUGGCGACUCCUACGACGGUGACUGGGUCGAAGAUGUUUGCCACGGUCAAGGCACGUAUGUCGAAAAGACCACCGGCAACAAGUACGUGGGUGGCUUCAAGGACGGCAAGCGUCACGGCAAGGGUAUCAGUUACUGGGAAGUGGCCGAUGCAGAGUUGGAUCUAUGCCAGAUCUGCUACACAGAAGAAAUGGACGCUGUCUUCGCUGAUUGUGGUCACUUCUGCUCCUGCGUGACUUGUGCGAACCUUGUUAGUCUUUGUCCGAUGUGUCGCAAGGACGUCAAGAAGGUGAUCAAGAUUUAUCGUGCAUAG